AUGCCUACCGCCCCAUCACUUACAGCGCUGCUAUUGGCACUGGCACCCCUCGCCCUCUCUCUCCCACAGCAGCAAUCCGCGCAGACGGCCCAAGCAGUCAAUCCCAUCAACGGCCUCGCCAUCCCCGCAGCCUCCUCGGCCGCAUCAGCAGGCUCGGCCUCGGAUUCGGAAUCGGACUCGGACGCCACACCCGCCGUCACGGCCCUCUCGCAACCCUCCUCAUCCCCUCAAGCCUCUUCCGCCUCCGAUUCCGACUCCGAGGACAUCAGCACAAUCACCGCCCCAGCCUCUCUCCCCUCCGACACCGCCGCCGCCUCCUCAUCAGAAGAACCUCCCAACACAGACCCCAACAUCCUCAUCUGGACGGACACGGCGCAAAACACCGUCGUCACCAUGACGCGCUCUACCACCAGCUUCAUCCCCAUCCCCACGAUGCAGGUGCCGCCCGGCUCGAGCGACGUCGACGUCGUGACCGCGACGGUUGAGGGCGCGGAUGGGAAACCGACGCCGACGCACGAUGUCGAUACCUUUGUGCAGGGGUAUACGGGGGGCGCGGCGUCGGGGAGAUGGAGUUGGGGUGGGGGCGAGGGGAGAGUUUGGUGGAUGUUGGGCGUGGCGGCUGUGAUGGGGGUUGUGCUGUGA